CUCGGGAGCAGCGGAGCGCUAGCGGCGGCGGCGGCGAGGCUCGGCGCCCUCUUCUCUGCAAACCAUGUUUGCCAAAGGCAAAGGCUCGGCGGUGCCCUCGGACGGGCAGGCUCGGGAAAAGUUAGCUUUAUACGUCUACGAAUAUUUACUGCACGUAGGAGCACAGAAAUCUGCACAGACCUUCUUGUCGGAGAUUCGAUGGGAAAAAAACAUCACGUUGGGAGAACCACCAGGGUUUUUGCACUCGUGGUGGUGCGUAUUUUGGGACCUUUACUGUGCAGCUCCUGAAAGGCGAGACACUUGUGAACAUUCAAGUGAAGCGAAAGCCUUUCAUGAUUACAGUGCGGCAGCCGCCCCGAGCCCUGUGCUUGGCAACAUUCCCCCCAACGAUGGGAUGCCGGGAGGCCCCAUCCCGCCGGGUUUCUUUCAGGGUCCUCCGGGGUCACAGCCCUCGCCGCACGCACAGCCUCCACCUCACAAUCCCAGCAGCAUGAUGGGACCCCACAGUCAGCCUUUUAUGUCACCGCGAUAUGCAGGCGGCCCCAGGCCUCCGAUCAGAAUGGGAAACCAGCCUCCAGGAGGAGUUCCUGGGACACAGCCACUGCUGCCCAAUUCCAUGGAUCCCACACGACAACAAGGGCACCCCAGCAUGGGAGGAUCAAUGCAGAGAAUGAACCCUCCCCGAGGCAUGGGGCCCAUGGGUCCUGGCCCACAGAGUUACGGCAGCGGCAUGAGACCACCACCCAACUCCCUCGGCCCCGCCAUGCCCGGGAUUAACAUGGGCCCAGGAGCCGGCAGACCCUGGCCGAAUCCUAACAGUGCUAACUCAAUUCCAUACUCCUCCUCGUCACCCGGUACCUACGUGGGACCCCCUGGUGGUGGCGGCCCCCCAGGAACACCCAUCAUGCCUAGUCCUGCAGAUUCAACAAAUUCCAGUGACAACAUCUACACAAUGAUUAAUCCCGUGCCGCCUGGAGGCAGCCGGUCCAACUUCCCGAUGGGUCCAGGCUCCGACGGCCCGAUGGGGGGCAUGGGCGGCAUGGAGCCACACCACAUGAACGGAUCAUUAGGGUCAGGUGACAUAGAUGGACUUCCAAAAAAUUCUCCUAACAACAUAAGUGGCAUUAGCAAUCCUCCAGGCACCCCUCGAGACGACGGCGAAUUAGGAGGGAACUUCCUCCACUCCUUCCAGAACGACAAUUAUUCUCCAAGCAUGACGAUGAGUGUGUGAUCCCCCCUCCUCUUCUCCGAGACGCUGAGAGAGCCGGCAUUGCAGGCGGGAAGAUGCCAGAAAUUAUGCAAGAAGUGAGGUGUUACUACCCAGGAGCUGGGGGAGGGGCAUCGCCUGCCCCCUCCCCCACCCGCCCCCCACUCCCCCACCUUUCCCAAGUUUAGUUUCAUGCAAUAAAAAGGCCGAACUUUUUAUUCCAUAAAACAUGAAGGACAAAACUCAAAAAUAUAUUUCAAGUCAAUGACCAGAAACACCCCACCCUUGCCCUUUCCCAAAAGGACCUUUUAUGUACAUGACACUUUUUUGUUGUUUUUUGUUUGGGGUUUUACCAUUGUUGGGAUUUUUUUAUUUGUUUUCAGGGGGGUUUUUUGGGGGAAAAAUUUUUAAAAAUGGAAGCUUCUAGCAGGCCCCACCCCCACCCCAAUCAACCUCUUUGCUUUCUUUAAAAAAAAAAGAACAAAAGGACAAAAAAAAAACCCACCAAGCCCUGCUGUCUGUCUAUCCCCGAGCCCUCCCACCAGGAAUGCUAGUCUAGGUGUGAGGUUUCUCGCUAUCUUUGUAGCCAUCUAAAAAUAAUAAUAAUAAUAAUAAUCUGGGCAGUUUACAAUCAGUGGUUUCUUUCAAAAGGCCUUUUUUGGAAAGAAAAAAGGAAGUCACCUUUUUCCACUUGGGGACUUUUGUUUGUACGGCUGGGCAAGGGAGGGCGAACCUGUUUUGUUUUUGCUUGGUUUCUCCCGGCCGAGGUGGUGGUGACAGCAGCUGCACAAUUUGGACCCCAGAAUACCCCUCACCCCGUUAAGUGGCCGGAGGGGCCAGACCACCUGACCGCUUUCAGGACUCUGCCCCAGCGGAGACCCGCUGUGACCCGGUGGCAUGCACUGUGUUCCCAGGACUGCUUCCUCCUCUCUCCUGGACCUCCGCCCCGGCCCCGCCUGGUCUUCCCGGCGAGAGUCCUGCCAGCUGGGUGGUGGCCUGGCGCAGAGUGGGGGAGGCGCCCCCACCAGGAUGGCCAUGACCUGGGACAUGGAAACCGUGACCACCUCGUUCUCUUCCCCGUGGCCCUCGCGUCCUCGUCGUGUGUGCGGCCACUGGAGGGCUGGAGUUUGGGUUUUCUUUUGUUUUUUUCUCUUGAUUCUUCCUUCUUUUUCCAAGAUGGGAUAUUGACCCGAAUUGCUCUGUAUAUGCUCGGAACUGGAUGGAAGGACCUUGGAAUAGCUGUGGGGGCGGGGGGACACCGACAACCAAACAGACGUGCCGUUCCAGUCCUGUUUUUAUUUUCAAAAACCAACCAACGCGACAGUGGAGCCUGUCCCCUCCCAGGAGGGGUGACCGUGGCCGCCUCACCUCACCACCCCCAUGGAAACCUCUGUGUCUUGCCCUGAGGACACCCGAAUUCUUUGUACAUUUGCCCCGUCCCCUCCCCUGUAGCUGGCCUUUGUUUUCGUCCCUCCCCGCUCUGAUCCGUGUAUAUCAUAUUAUGUGAGAUAUCAUCUGCCUGAAAAAAGACCUUGUGCGGAUUAUUGGGAACAUUGUAGCUGUUUCUGUGUUUUUUCUUACCUUGUAGUCUGGUUCUGAAUUAAGAGAGGAAAAAAAAAAGUAAUUAUGAUACAUUGUAGUUUGUGUACGAUAUAUGUUGAUAACGUUUUAUUAAAGGGACAUCUUUUUUCCGCA